CGAAGCGCCGUCCACUGCCGUGCAGUACCUUCCCUAGUCUCGUUGGUCCUGCGUCGCGUGAGGGAAGACCGCAACGGAUUCGUUUACUACAGGUUACCGUUCUGAACGUUCAGAAUGAGCACUCGAGUAUUCGUUGGUGGAUUAACGUACCGGGUGAGAGAGCGCGACCUUGAGAAGUUCUUCCGGAAAUAUGGUAGAAUCAAGGAGGUCGCUAUGAAGAAUGGAUUUGCCUUUGUGGUAAGUCUAAUGUGGUUCAAUUGUUUUUUUUACAGUAUGGUAGGGACAAGAGUCUAUGUCGGUGGGCUUCCAUACGGCACCAGGGAAAGAGACCUUGAGAGAUUUUUCAGAGGCUACGGUCGAUUCCGUGAUGUUCUCAUCAAGAAUGGUUACGGCUUUGUUGAAUUCGACGACUAUAGGGAUGCUGACGACGCUGUCUACGAACUAAACGGAAAGGAACUUUUAGGAGAAAGAAUUACUGUAGAGAGGGCCCGGGGGACACCUAGGGGUAGUGACCAGUGGCGCUAUGGUGACUCCCGUGGUGGUUAUGGGGACUCGAGGCGAUCUGCCCGAGACGAUAUGCGGCACGACAGAGAUAGUGUGAACAGAAACACGAGGACUGCAUCUAGCUACAAGCAAUCAUUGCCCAGAUACGGACCGCCUACUCGUACCGAGUACCGCCUCACCGUGGAGAACUUGUCAAGCCGUGUCAGUUGGCAGGAUUUGAAGGAUUACAUGAGACAAGCUGGAGAAGUGACGUAUGCUGACGCUCAUAAGCAACGUAGAAACGAGGGAGUUGUCGAAUUCGCGACGUACUCUGACUUGAAGAACGCUAUCGAUAAAUUAGAUGACACAGAAUUGAACGGCCGCAGGAUCAGACUCAUCGAGGAUAAAAGACGCGGCCGUCGAUCGCGAUCCUCGAGCUCGAGAUCGCGCUCUCGAUCUCGAUCACGAUCACGUCGUCGGUCGCGCUCCCGCUCAAGGUAUAAUCGUUCUCGAUCCCGAUCAAGGAGCCGCCGCAGUUCUCGCAGCCACAGCCGUCGUAGCACCCGGUCCAAGUCAAGGGCACACUCCAAGUCCAAGUCCAAGUCAAAAUCCAAAUCUCCUGAGCGUAGUCGUUCACGCUCAAAAUCCAAAUCAAGAGACCGCUCAAAGUCGAAAUCUAAGUCAAAGUCCAAAUCCAGAUCUCGUUCUAGGUCCAAGGCUGAGAGGUCAAAGUCCAGGUCGCAGUCCAAAUCCAAAGCCAAGUCUCCCUCAAAGGAUAGGUCAAGCCGCGAGCGUUCCAGAGGCGACAGAUCCCGAUCCCGAUCGGGAAGCAAACACAGCAAGAGCCGCAGCCGCUCUCGUUCGCCCAUGAAUGGAGAUAAAUCGCCGGAAAGCAACAAACAAAAAGCCGACUAAGCAAAAGAAAAUCAGCGAAAUACUAUCUUUCCUUUUUUUCUUUCACCAUUUUUUAUAUCGAGUCACAUUUAAAAAUCAAUAUCUCAUAUAUCUAAUAUCUUUUCCGAUCAUUGAUCGUAAUAAUGAAGUUUUAAAACUUGUACCAUCGUAUCGAAAAUCCAUUACCUCGAUAUUUAACUUUGAUUAUUCACAAUCAGGGUUUAUUUCAAAAGCUUCAACAUUGUUGACUUAGAGUUUAUGAUUUAACUUCUUAAAUCAUUACCCUCGUCCUUUGCUUCAAUUUUUUUUUUAUUACUUUUUCUUAGGUAUGUCUAGGUUUAGCGAUACACAUCAUCCGACUUGAACGAUUCGCGCAUUUAGGGUGCGUUCGGGGAGCUCUCUGUAUUAUUUGGCGCUGAAAGCAUCGUUAUUUUUGUUGCUCAUUAUGCUUCAAAGAAAGAUUACAUUUUCAGCGUCGAUAGCGAGCUCCGCGAGUGUACCCUUAGAUAUUCUUUUAUUAUUCAUCUCAGAAUACAAAUUUUCAAUGUAUCGCCGUACAUAAUACGAGUUCCCUUAUAAUGGCUUUUUGUAUAUAUUCCUAAUGGUUAUAUUACAAUAAGAAAGUAUGUGAUGUGUAUUAAAUUUAGUGGUAAGAGGUAUUUGAACUGUCAAUAAAAGUUAAUGUCAAUGCAGGU